AUGUCAGGUAUGGCUGUGGUUAACACAUAAAGUACCUUUUCUUUUGUGCAGACGACAAAGUUACUGAAGUAGUUUCAGCGGCAGCACCGGUUCAGCCGGAACCCGAGGCGCAUGAAGGCGAAACCAAGGAGAGCUUGGAUACAACUCCCUUGACGAAGGCCCUUGAUGAGAUCGAAGGUAAAGAGGGAAAAGACGGUCUUGUAGAAGAGCAUGCGGUGGAGAAAGGCGAGGUUACUGAGGAGGAAGAACCGAAAGAGGAUUCAGAGGCAGCCCCAAAGACUGACACGGUGAAGGAAGAAGGAGAGAAGAAAGAAGAGGAGGAUAAAAGUGAUAAAAAGGCCGAAGAAGCCUGA